AUCAAUGGAGGUUUUGUUAGAGGGAGAGAGAACACUAAAAAAUCUUUAAAGCGCAAGAAUUGCAGAGAAAGGUCAAAGGAGAAGACGAUGAACACGGAGGCCUAUAUUCAUCGAUCACACGCCAUCUUGUCGUGGUUCGUCGCCGUUCAUCAUCACGAAACAUCCGCUUUGAUCUCCUCCACUUCCACUUUCUUCUUCAUUCUAAGUGCAUAUUUUGUAGUUCUUCCAUUACGUGAUGAUGGUGCUAUAUCAUUAGGGUUAGGGAAUCUACCAGGUUUAUUUGUGGGAUCACUGCUUCUCACAUUGGUUGCUGCCCCACUAUCCACACUGAUUUUCACAAUGCAUAAUCUUUCAAAAGCCAAGGCACUGGCAAUGAUACACAGGUUUUUUGCCAUCUCUCUUUUAAUAUUCUUUGCUUUUUGGCUCUCAUCUACUCCUGGAAGCUCUUUUAGUCUCAAGGGGUUUUUUACCAUGUCCAAAAUAAAAGAGGAACUGAAGAUCAAAGUUAACCAAACCGGUGCGUCCUCAGCUGGGUGGGGCAACCAUGGAUGGUUUUACAUCUCUGUGAGAAUCAGCUUCUUCCUAUGGGUUGCUCUGCUCAAUCUAAUUACGAUCUCCUCAACUUGGGCUAGAGUGAUUGAUGUGAUGGAUAGCGAGUCAGGUUCAAGAUUGUUUGGGUUCAUAGGCGCUGGAGCCACACUUGGCCAGCUCUUUGGUUCGUUGUUCGCCACAGGGAUGGCUUGGUUAGGACCAUAUUUGCUUCUUGUUGCUGCCCUUCUCAUGGAACUUGCUUCACAGACAUCUAAGGGAAUAAAUAAAGACAUCUCCCAUCUCCAAGAAGACCAGUCUUCAAUCAGAUUAGUAGAUGCUCAUCAUGCUAUUCAAACUGAGGCGGAACCGAAAAAUUGCUCUCCUACAUUGUCUUCCUCAACACAAAAGCAUCAGAUGUGGGCCUUAUUAGAUGGAAUACUGCUUAUUCUGUCAUCAACAUACUUACAAUGCGUAGCCUUGUUUUUGUGGCUGAGUGCAAUUAUCUCAUCUUUCUUUUACUUUCAGAAAGUGACUGUUAUUGCCAAAACAGUUACUAAUCCUGUUGGCAGAAGGAAAGUAUUUGCUGAGAUCAAUUCCUUGAUUGCUGUUUUUAUCCUCGUAGGUCAGCUUACUUUAACGGGGCGCAUCCUUACUAUUGCUGGGAUUACUUCAGCUAUUUGUGCGUCUCCCUUUGUUGCUUGCAUAAAUUUAAUUACAUUAGCUAUAUGGCCUUCAUGGAUUCAAGUUGCCAUAUCAGAAACUUUAAGAAAGGUGGUGAAUUAUGUAGUAACUAGGCCAGGACGGGAGCUCCUUUUCACUGUUGUCUCACAAGAAGAGAAGUACAAAGCAAAGGUAUGCAUUGAUGUAAUUGUUCAAAGGCUAGGGGAUGCCACCGCAGCUGGCAUGUAUAAGCUAUUUUUCAGCACAACCAGCGACAAGGCAUCAAAAGUCUCUCUAUAUGCACUGCCGGUAUGUAAAGAACAUCUCUUAGUUGUUGUUGUUGUUGUACUACUUAGUUGGAGAGCUUUAUAAAUGCCUAUAAAAAGUAGAUUCAAUUUAAGGAGUCAUUUUUUACAAUGUUUUAGCUUCAGGUAAACAAUGAACUAAAUUUAAAUGAUAUGGAGUACAUUAGACUUCUUUUUCUUCUUACUCUGUAUGAAGGGUUGGACAGUAAAAUGCAAUAAUGCAUCGAGUUUCUACGUAAACAACAUCUCUAGGGUAAGUUUGUGUAAACCUUGAACCCUAGACUUCAACAGAGUUUUCUUUAGUUCUAUUCAAAUAUUCAAUAUGGAGUGAUUACUUACUACCAAGUAAUUACCUACUAUCCAUCUGAUAUGCCUAGUAUGAGUAAAUAGUAAAAUAUGGAGAAAACAUUUAAUGUGCAAAUGUUUCAUUAAAAGACAAAAAAAGAAGCAAACACAUGUGGUGAACAAAGAUAUGAUAAAUACGUAAGAACAAGGAAAAAGUUACAUUUUAGAAAUACUAGUUAACCAUAUUAAACGCGUGAUUUUGGUACAGUUAUGGUAUGGUGUAGUUAGAUUAUAGGAAAACCAAGAUCCGUGUUAUAGCCCGGGUUUGGAUAGAAUGAUACCAUGAUAGAAUUUAGGAUGGGAUAGAGACAACUGGAUUGGGUAAUAAGACACUUGAGUUGAACCACAUUAAAAGAUUGAAUCCAAUCGAUUAGUUAGUUCAACUCAAGAGCUUAUAUACCGGUUCUUUUUCUAUUCAACUUCCGAUGUGGGGUACUCUAACACUCCCCCUCAAGUGGACAACCGGGCCAUUUUGAAUCUAACCGGUUGACCACUUGCAAAUAAAGUCCCAUUCCCUUGAUUUUUUUUGAGCGCCAACACCUAAAGGACCACCAGCCGCUGGGUAUAGACUUCCAGACGAGCAAUCGUGUUAAACGGGCCACAGGCCGUUGGGUACAUACUCCAUACGGAUAACUGGGGUAAAGACUAAUGGGCCGCUAGGAAUGAACGUCUAGACGGACACCUUGACAAACGAGGUGGGCCAAAACCUGCUCUGAUACCAUGUCAUAGAACCAACUCAACCAGAAGCUCAAGUUUGUGGUUGUGGCCCAGGAACAGUUAUUUAUAUUCUAACAGUAUCUUACCUUGGAGGAUUACGGGGUGCUGCAAAAAAAAUCCUUCCGUUUCUUUUUAACUGACUAUUUUGGUUUUCUGUGUCGUUUUGUGAGGUGUGCUUGGUAUGGAUAGGGGUAGCUUUCCAUCUAGGAGGCAAGCAAAAGCAACUUUCAAGGCUUCAGUCAUUUGGAGAAGUUGAAGUUGAAAUUGCAACAAGGAGCUAAUCCUUUUCCAGUUUUCUUUUUUUAUCUUCUUAUUUUUUCCAUUCCAAAUUUUGAAUUUGUAAGGAAAUCAUUACUCUUCUCCACACAGUUGGCCAAAUCAAUGCCAGAAACGAAU